AUUCUGCCUGCCCCUCUCACAGCUCCAUGGCCCGGUGUAGGACGCUGGUGGCCGCUGCCCUGGCGCUGCUCCUGCCGCCAGCCCUCGCGUGGUACAAGCCCGCGGCGGGACCCCACCACUACUCGGUGGGCCGCGCCUCGGGGCUACUGUCGAGUUUCCACAGGUUCCCAUCUACGCGACGCUCCGAGUCUCCAGCACUCCGGGUGGGAACCGGACCUCUGCGCAACUUAGAGAUGCGCCCCAGCGUAAGGAGCCUUGCCCUGUGUGUCAAAGAUGUGACCCUGAACCUGCAGAGCUGCCAGCGGCAACUCAACAACCGAGGGACUUUCCAGUGUAAAGCGGACGUCUUCUUGUCGCUGCACGAGACUGAUUGCCAGAGCACCUGAGCCCUGAACCCCAACCCUGCGGCUGGUGACUCCCCCCAACCCCCAUAUGCCCAGUCUUGCUUGAAGUAGCACAGACCCUGUGUGGGUUUGGCCCCUAGCUCCCACCAUGCUCCAUAGCAAAUGGCUAAAUUAAUAAAGAAGCAAAACUGUC